CCUGCAUCACUGAGCUAACAGCCUGCGAAUUAUAUAGAGAGAAGAGAGAAAGUUAUAGAGAGAGAACUCAAAGAGGGGAAACAAUGGAGGGGAAAGAAGAGGAUGUGAAGUUGGGAGCCAACAAGUUCUCAGAGAGGCAGCCAAUUGGGACCUCAGCACAGACAGACAAAGACUACAAGGAGCCACCACCAGCUCCUCUCUUUGAGCCUGGUGAGCUUCAGUCAUGGUCCUUCUGGAGGGCUGGAAUUGCAGAGUUCGUGGCCACAUUCCUAUUCCUCUACAUCACUGUUCUCACUGUCAUGGGUGUAAGCAGAGCCCCCAACAAGUGCGCUUCUGUGGGUAUUCAAGGCAUUGCUUGGGCUUUUGGUGGCAUGAUCUUUGCCCUUGUUUACUGCACUGCUGGAAUCUCAGGUGGUCACAUUAACCCAGCAGUGACAUUUGGUCUCUUCCUGGCAAGGAAACUGUCCCUGACCAGAGCAAUUUUCUACAUAAUCAUGCAAUGUCUGGGAGCGAUCUGUGGGGCUGGAGUGGUGAAAGGUUUUCAGCCAUCACAGUAUCAGUUGAGGGGUGGUGGUGCAAACAUUGUGAGCCCUGGCUACACCAAGGGCGAUGGCCUUGGUGCUGAGAUUAUUGGUACUUUUGUUCUGGUCUACACCGUUUUCUCCGCAACUGAUGCCAAGAGAAGUGCCAGAGACUCCCAUGUCCCUAUAUUGGCACCACUCCCAAUUGGGUUUGCUGUGUUCUUGGUUCAUUUGGCAACCAUCCCAAUCACUGGAACUGGCAUCAACCCUGCCAGAAGCCUUGGUGCUGCCAUCAUCUACAACAAGGACCAUGCAUGGGACGACCAGUGGAUCUUCUGGGUUGGCCCUUUCAUUGGUGCUGCUCUUGCCGCACUUUACCACCAGCUAAUCAUCAGAGCCAUCCCGUUCAAGAGCAGAGGCUGAUCGAAGAUCCUUGUUGGGCAGAUACUUGAUCUAUUGACGCGAUACUUUUGGCAGUUCUUUUUAAACAUAUAGUUUUGAGUCUUGUGUUUCUAAUGGCCAUUACGGGUGAGUUAUUUGAGGUGUUAAACUGAUUGUGUGUAUAAAUUAUGAUCUGGUUUGUUGCUAUGAGUAGCUUUUGUGCAUGCUAGAUUCCGUCGAUAUGCUGCGUCGUUGUUGAUUUUUUUUUCUCUUGAUUCAUUGAAGAAGUUUUAUGGAUAUUUGCAGUCAUAUUUUGUUUGUGCA